CUGCGCCGGAGCCGCACACGUGGGGGGGAAGGCCAAGCCAACACGCCCCGCUUCCUCUCCUCGCUUUCCUUCCCGUGGAAGCGUCCAGGGUUUGCAAAGAUUAUGGGCAAAAGCAAGACCAAGCGGUUCCGCCACGAGCCGUUUUCUCCAGCGGGGAACAUGAGCGUGCAAGACGGGGAGGCCGGAGCAGGAUCCCCGGCCGCAGAGUUGCUGGAAAAACUUCAACACCCCAGCGCUGACAUGCGAGAAUUUGCCUGUGCCAGCAUCUCCAAACUCUUGCAGCAGAAACAAACAAUCCCGGCUUUUCUGCAGAGGGAUGUUGUCCGGUGUUUGGGUCCCAUGCUGCUUGAUCAGAGUUUGGCGGUUCGAGAGACAGCGGCAGGAGCUCUUCGAAAUCUCAGUGCUUGUGGAGGAUUUGACGUCUGCGACGACAUGGUCACUAAAGAUAUCAUGACUCCUCUUGUAGCUCUGUUGAAAGAGUGUCGAACAGGACUUGAGGAGAGCAACGGCUCUCUGAAGGAAAUCAAAGAUACACACAAGAACUGUAUGGAAGAUAUUGCCAACGAGGCUGUGAACCUCCUCUGGAAUGUCUGCGAAUGUAACAGUACAGCGGUCUCUAUAUUCAACAAACAAGGUUGUUUGGAUGUUGUGCUCCAGUAUCUGAAGAGAUUUCGCCAAAACGUGGACUUGGCUAUCGCAGUGGCAUCCUGUUUACAGGCUGUGACAGAAGAUAAUCCAGACCUGCUGUCGUCCUUUGAUUCUUCUGCACAGCAAGUUCUGGAAAUGAUCUUAUUAUCAUCAGAGAAAGGCAUGGAGGACAUUCUUUUACGGACUCUGGUGGCAGGUGUCACUUGGAAUAUAAGGAACACCCUGCCAUCUGGUAGCCAGGCAAGCACCAUGAAUGCCAUCCUGAAGAUUUUCUCAGAGUGCUUAGCCAUUGAUGCUGGUGAGAUGAUUAUUCAGAUGAAGGAAGCAGAAGUGGAAAGGUUGAAAAGCUCAGUUGAACCAGAGGCUGAGGGAAAUAUGGGCGAUGGGGACAUCUCAAUACUUAAUAAUGAGGAGGAGAUGGAGGAAACUCCUAAGGGAGCCACCAAACAAGAAAGUGACAUUUCAGAUCUACUUCCGGGAAAUAAGCAGGAGGUGAAGCAGGUGGCAGCUUUACUCUUAGCUCAGCAGACAGCCCUGGAAAUCAUUGUUAACAUGUGCUGCAAUGAAGACCCCUCUGAUGACGAAUGGGAAGAGUUAUCCAGUAGCGAUGAAAGCGAUGCCUUUAUGGACAACUACAACGAAGGUGGGAAGCUUCUGUCACCGCUGUGUCUUUCAGCUGAGCUGCACACAGCACUUCGGAACCACCUUGUUCCCAAAAAGAUACUUGAAAAAACUGGGUUUCCCAACAGUGUUGCUAUUGAUGUCUGCAUGCGCAGUCCAGCUUGGAAGCCACUUAUUAAAAAGUUGAACAUGGUCCAGUAUAGAGCCCUGACGUGUCUUCACAGCAUUUUGUUGGUGUCUGAUGUGGAAUGCCUUGGGGGUGCCUCAGUGCUUCAGUCGCUCUCCCAGCACCUGUCCCAGUUAAUAUUUUCUCAGCCAGAAUUUUCAAAGGAAGUGGAGUUCCUGGAAGCCGUAACCAGCGCCUUGCGAGCCCUUUUGCAAACGUUGGCAUCUAAUAAUAUAUCUCAGAGCAUGUCUCCUGAGCAGCUGAUGACUUUGUGUGAAGCCGGUAUUCAGAAUACCAAUGUUAGCGUCCGAGUAAACGUGGUUAGCAUUCUAGGAAUUGCUGGCAGUGUGCUAGCCAAGGUGGAAGACACAGCAGAAACACUAAAGAUGAUUGGGAAAUUCCUCCUUGACGUUGCAACGAAGGAUCCUUCCCUUGUGGUGGUGGGGGAAGCUCUGGAUGCCCUCUUUGAUGUGUUCGCUGAUGGUAAAGAAGCCGAAGAGGCAGGGGAGCAAAUAAAGUUGUUAUGUGCCCUUAAGGAAUUCCAGCCAGUUUUCAAAUCGCGGAUGCGGAAAGAAGGGAAAGGACAGUACACCUCAGAUCAGUUAUGUGUGCUUGACAAUGUGAAACUGAACUUAAGAAGAUUCAUUGCCUAUCAAGAGAAAUUGGAGAGAAAACAAUAAUUUUUGAAUAGGAAAAAAAGACUGUAAAGCUAUAUUUUUAUUAUUGUUUGUUAAAUACUUUAGCUUGGGAUUUUUAUAUAGCACCUUGCAGUGAUUAGUAGGAGGAGAGUUAAGAAAUUGUGGAGUUACGGAGCUAUUAAAACUGGAUUCAGCAUCUGCAAGUGCCCGCACCAUUUGAUUUUGAUUCAGUGUUAACUGUAGCCAGAACGUGCCCUUAAAUACAGUAAUACCUCGGGUUACGAACGCGAUCCGUUCCGGAUCGCAGUUCGUAAACCGAACGCGACCCGAAGUGCUAUUUUCGCAUGCGCAGACCACACAUGGCGCUUCUGCGCACGCGGCGAAAACACUUCCGGGUUUGCGCAGUUCGUAACCCAAACUGUUCGCAAACCGAGGUGUUUGUAACCCGAGGUACGACUGUACUGGAAAAAACAUAUCCCAUCCAUCAGUUUCUCAAAAAAAGAAAAGAAAAAAAGAAGCCACCCAUCAGUUUCUCAAGAACCAGCAUCAGAUUUUA